GUGAUAAUCAAAAGCACUUAAACUAUCUUUUGGGUAAAGUUAUUGAUUCAGCGACGGCGUAUAUCUAAUUUCGUCACCAACUUUUCUUCAUCGCCGAGGAAAGUGUCUUGUAAAGUUCAAUGUAAGGAGUAUGUUGGCGAGAAAAUCAGUAAUUAUUGCAGCAGGAGUCGAAAAUGUGAAGCUUGUUUUUGGCCUUAUCUUUUUUAUAGCCAGUAAAUCUGCAGGACAGGAGUAUACAUCGAGCAGCAACCAAGUGUCAAAUGAAACAGCCGACAGUUGUGACUCGUGUGACGACGAUUUCUAUUCACCUGGCGACUUUGACACUCUCAGGCAAACAUUGUCACCGUUGAUCUACGUAGUGAUUGGUGGAGCCAGUGUCCUGGGGGUCAUCUUGCUGACCUACGCAUGCUACACGUACUAUAACCGCAACUCUCGUGAGCAGCAUGUUCGCUUCCUGGCUACCGUACCUUUGCCGCCCCAGUUCCCUAUCGGCGCGGCUCACAUUUACAGAGAUGACCUCCGGGUGACUUUGGUGAAUGACAACCAAAUGGCGUAAUGUGUAUUAUCUUCAGAAAGGACAAGAAAAACCGUAGAAGCCAUUUCAUUGCUCACAAGAGAACAUCUUGAUUUAUUAUCAAAGUUGUGAACGUUGGACUUAAAAUAAAAGGAACUGUAGUUUACAAAAAUUCAGGAAAAAACUAUAAAAUUUAGGCUUCCAAGGAUGUUGAACCCAUUCUUCCACGCCAAAUAAGUACCUAAGAGGCAUGGGUCUGAAUCUCAGCAUGGCCUGACAUUUUUAGUCCCUGCUUUUAUUUCAAUUGUUACAACUGCAGUUCAAAUCAUUGUUUCUUCAUCUACAAGUCAAAAUGUGACUGUAUCGUAUACUGAACUAGACUGGUAACACCUUACAAACUAUUUACCAUUAAUGGCCAUUGAAAUGUAAACAGCUGCUCGCCUAUCAAAUACUACUGUUAAACAUAAGCUAUGGCCUCAAAUCAUAUUUAAUGCACGUGACGACAUAAGGGACAAUCGAAGAAAAUAUGAAACAAAUUCAGCAUGCAACCUGGUAUAUAUUGAACAAUUGUGUUCAGUGAAAAAUUUCCUGUAUCAAAAAUAGUUGCACGGGGCUGAUUCUAACACCUUCAGCUAAUGGAAAAAGUACUAUCAUGAAAACUAAAAUUCAGGGGAGGAGAAUUUUCUCUAAAAAUAACAUCAAACAUAAUUUAAAGAACUCUACCAUCUCGCUCUAAUAUUUCUGUAAAUACAACUCCAUAAUUGCAAAAAAAA